CGUGCGUAUUUCUGCGCAUGCGCGACUCGGAAGCCAUGUCGACCCUGGCGUCCCGCGACACCCCUGGUCUCCAAUCCCCCGCGGCGGCGGCCGAGCAAAAGCCGCCGCCUUCCCUCAAGCCGUGCUGUGCCUGUCCGGAGACGAAGCGGGCGCGCGAUGCCUGCAUCAUCGAAAAAGGAGAAGAACACUGUGGUGCUCUUAUUGAGGCCCACAAGGAGUGCAUGAGAGCCUUGGGUUUUAAGAUAUGAACAAGAUGAAGCACAUAUCUGAACGUUUGGAAGGUGGUUUGCUGUUGAAAUAUUAGUUUGGGGACUUUACUCUUGAAAUGGCUGCUUGAACACGGGUGUUUUUUGUUUUUUAAGUUAUGUGUCAGAAGAUGAUUUUAUUGGCGGGGAGAUGCAAUGGAUUCUGAAAUCAGAGGAGUGUGUUGAGUUACAGUCUUCUUCCAUUGCUGGAUCCUGGCUAAGUGAUAAUAUGAGAGAUUCUCCUGAGUAAACGUUUUAACAUUCUCAUUUGAGCACAACAAAACUGGCUCCUGUAUGAUGCAGUUGUAUCUGGAAAACUAUGUCACCACCCUCCCAUGUAUUCACUGGAAUUAAAUAUGCUAAAUCAAUAAAAACAAAGUUUGCUGAAUUCAGAGA